ACAUUCAACCUGUUCACUCAUUAAAUUCGUUCAUCGCAUUGGCGUGCACAGAUAGUUAAGUUUGGGAUUUAUUGUCUUGUGUAAUGUCUACUGUCAUAAUCGUCGUGUAACCAAAACUGAUCAUCACCACAAACACUUACCUACAAUGCCUACUGCUUAUGCAGAUGAGCUAUCUGAUGGUAGAGGUGCUUCAGUUUUAUUAAAAAUUCUUAAAAAAUGGAAAGGAAGUUUGUACAAAUUGGUCUGGGUCGAUUUAUUGAUUUACAUAUCAGCGUAUUAUGUACUGAAUUUAUCUUAUCGAUUUGCAAUGAAUGAUAAACAGAAAAUAAUUUUUGAAGAAAUAGUCGAAUUCUGUGUUCGAACGAAAGGUGACAUACCAAUUUCUUUUCUUUUGGGAUUUUUCGUAUCCGGUAUCAUAUCACGUUGGUAUCAAAUGUAUUUAUAUAUACCAUGGAUGAAUCAGAUAGCACUUCAAGUGGCUGCUUCUAUCAAUGGCAAAAAUGAAGAAGGUUCCAGAAAAAUACGUUUAACCAUUAUGCGUUAUAUGAAUUUAGCUUGGGUAUUAAUGAUGAAACGUAUCUCCGAUCAAAUUGCAUGUCGUUUUAUUAAAAAUGAUACACUCGGUAGUUUACCAAGUGCAUUAGGACCAAUUUUGCCAAAACGUAAAUCCACUAAUCAUAAACAUUUGAUCAGUAGAAAUACAUGUCAACCAUGGUCAAUUGAUGCAAGUGAAAUUGUACGCACAUCACCAUCAAAAUCAAUUCUCCUGUUGCAACAACAGCUGUCUCAACCAUCAACUGGGAAUUCUACACAACAACAACAAAUGAAAUUAGAUAGUCCAGUGAAUAAUAUUUUUUCACAAGUACAAACACCGAAUAGUAAUAAUAAUAAUUCGGAUGUUCAUACUCCUUUGGCGCCGUUGGCUUCAGAUGAAGAAUGUGGAGCGCUGCCAGAUGCUUUCGAAGCAGCCGAUGUUGUAGAAUUAAGAGAAAUGUUACGAGCUUUUAAUCAAGAUCAAAAAGUGAAAAAUUCCUUUGGUGUAUUAAUUACUGAAACAGAAAUCUCAUCAUUUGAACGUAUCGCAGCCGAUUGGUUUCGACGUACUAAAACAAAUUACACACCAGAAUAUUGGAUACCGAUACAAUGGGCGCAAAGAUUAACACUGAAAGCAUUGGAUAGUGGUUAUAUUAGUGAUCCCAAAGUAGCAUUUUAUACUGUUGAAAAUAUUGGAAGAGUUCGACAAAGUAUGCAGAAUUUACAAGUUUACAGUAGUAUUAUGAUUCCAUUGGUGUAUACACAAGUUGUCAUUAUUGCAGUUUAUAGUUAUUUCAUGUGUCAAAUAUUUGCAUGUCAAUUUGUUGAACAUCGUGAUGAAAAAGGCCAACACAGUGUAGAUUUAUAUGUGCCUAUUUUCAGUAUAUUCUCGUUUCUCUUUCUUAUGGGAUGGUUAAAGGUCGCUUUAUGCGUUAUGAAUCCGUUCGGGGAUGAUGAUGAAGAUUUUCAAACGUCAAAAAUUCUAGACUACAAUUUAGAUGUUAGUUAUCGAUCGGUGUUCAUGGAUAUUGAUGCAUUUCCAGAGAAUUUAACUUCUCCAUUAGGAAAAAAAGCAUCAGAUGAAAAUGAAGUAGAUGAUUUACAAAAAUUCUUAGAUCAAAUUGAUCAAGAAAUUGCUGAAGUUAGAAAUAAAGGAUUAUUGAAUGAUGUAUCGAAUUUGGAAAUGCAUCCAUCAUUUUGUGAACGUGCAAGAAGUCUAUGUUGUUGUGAGAAAAAGAAACCUCCACCUCCAGCAAUUAUGGUUACAAACGUAGAUUAUGAACGAUAUUAUGAGACACCAAUCAAACCAAGUCAUCUUCAUCCAAGUGUUAAAAAAUGGACAUGGCUUAGAAGUUGAUGAUCUGUUUGAAAUAAUCUGAAAGUAAAUUA